AAUAGCGUCAGAUUGCGAAUAUUAAAAUUAAAUGUAGUUAAAUACUAUGGAUAUUUGAAUGUUUUUAAGUGUUUGGAAGUGAAAUUAAAAUGAAAAUGUAAAUAUACUUAAUUUUUUAUUUGUAGCACAAGUGACGAUACAAAAGAGGUGAACAAACAGUUUUCAUUGGAUUCUGUGCUAGUGACAGUUAAACAUCGCUAGCGUAGUAGCGUAGCUUUGAAAUGUGACUGUUUUGACACCUGACUGUUGUUAAAAACUCUAAAAAAAUGCCAAUUUGAAAAUCCUGCAACAUGAAUUCGAAUCAAAGUACACGCAAUGUAAAAACCCGAGUAACCCGAUCAUCAUAUGAGCUAGGAUCAGAUGAAGGCCUAGUAGAAGAACGACUAAAAAAUUUGUUGACAAAUGCUAAGGAGCAGGAACGACCUGGAAAUAUAUUUAAUAAAAUACAAGAAGUUCCAAAGCUGCGAAGGUCCGUCGUGACCAGAGCUGUACAAAAUGUGAUCUGUAGCACCCCUAUGCCUACGGACAAGAAAAGGGGUUUCUUCUGUGCAGAUAAUUCUAUAAAUAUUUCUCCAAUAAAUCCUAUUAGUGAAGAAGCAGAAAUUAAUGAGGAGAAAAAUGAACAAGAUGCUGAACAAUGUGAAAAAUUUCAGGAGGAUCAUAAACAGCGCAACAAAGAGGCAAAAGUAAUUUUAAUCAGAGCAUCAUUACCUAUCGUCAUCUCCGAUUCUGAGGAUGAAAACGAAGUAGAAAGCAUUCAAAAAGGAGAAAAUGAGAAUGUAAAGGAAAAUGGCGACACCAGAAUUCAUUACGGUACCAGAAGUAAAUCGAAAAAUAGCAUUGAAAAUUACAUUAAAAAUAUCCCUAAUAACACUGAAAAUUUAAGAGCAUUCAAAGAUAAAUCAAAUAACAAGGGAAGUAGCUUUAGAAAUGCUGUAUCUGUUGGAAAACAUGAAUCAUUACAACAGAGUAAGCAUUCAAAUAGAACACAUUCUAACAAGACUGAAGUUGAUGCCAUACAUCAAAACACAGCAGAUACAUGUGCUAACAGGAAUUUAAAAAAUGUCAAUGUAAUUCAACAUUUCACAAUUCCUCUUCAAAGAGAAAGCAGCAUUGACAAUCUAAAUAUUCUUAGGGUGCCAAAUUGUAUUCGGGAUACACAAAACGAUUGCAAGGGGUUAGAGUCGCCCUCUUCAAGUCCUGAAAAAAGUAGUACACAUCAAGAUAAUGUGAAUUUAGAGAAAAACAAAAUUGUUGAAGAAGUAGUUGAUCAGGGUCUAAAAAGUAUAAUCGGAACCAAAAGCCAAAAUUUGUCAACAGAAAAUAGAUCUGGAAAAAAAGAACCAAAAGCGAUAAUUGAAGAAAUUAACAGUCCUACGAUUAAAACUAGUAAUGUGACUUACAAGAGGGAGAGCAGAAGAAAAAUUACUCAAAAAAGUAAUUCUAACACUGAUGUUAAAUCUCCAGAAAGAGAUAUUUCAAAGGAAAACAUAUCAAAAAAUAAGGGAACCGUAAAGGAUUCUGACGUACAACACCAAAGAAGGAUAUCUCCUAGAAAACUUUCUUUUACAUCUAAAGAUGAGGAUAAAUAUAAUGAAGCUAUAAUACAGGAGAAUCAAAACAUAUCUGAAACUGUAAAAGAACCUGUAAAAUUGUCAAAGAUUCCUAUUUCAAGAUCUAGUAGUAAGUCUAGAGAUAAAAACCCGGAUCCUACUUCUAAAAAUAUUAGUCAAAAAAAUGCUAGUACAGUAGAAACUAGACGGCAGAAGUGUAAGAAGGAAAAUUCUUUUCAUCCUGUUAAGUCUCCCCCAAAAAGACCUCCCAGGAAGCUACGAAAAAAGAAAUUGGCAGUAACUGGGAAUAUUUCAAAAAUUAACCCAGGCCCAUCUGAUAUCUUACAAGGGAAAUUAGAUGCAAAUAAUUAUGAUGAACUAUUACGACAACCAGAUACAGAACGAACUGAAAAUACUACCAAUAAUGAGCUUGUGAUAGCUGCAAACAAAUUAGAUCAAUCCGAUUUUAAUAAGGUUAUAAUAAAAGAUGCAUCAUUGGUAUUAGAGAACAACUUACAUAAUAAGAAAGAUGAAGUAAAGGAGAACCAUCCAAACCCAGAAAAAACGUUAAUUGAAACAGGAACGUCUCCUCUAAUUCUUACUCCCGAUAAAAAUGAUAAAGCUGUCACACAUUUCAAAGAGGUGGUAGAAGCUGGUACCUCGCCUUGCCAUUUCAGUGAUGAGAAAGACAUAUUUCGAGCCAUAGAUAGUGAGAAAGCUGAAAAAUUGAAUCAGUUGGUAUUAAAGUUAUUAGGAAGGUCCCAGAAGCCAUUAAUUGACAAUUCUAGAUCUGACACAGGAAUACAAAAAAGUAACUGGAACUUACUUGAAAAAAAUGAAAAUCCAUCUGAGCUCCUGUCUACUCACAAAGAUGAGCAAGUUCCAGUAACAGUGACAAACAAAGAGGUACAAACAUCCUUACAAGGAGCAUCUGAAUCUCAAGGUCUGAACGAAAAAAUAACAGCAUUUUAUGGAGACCAGCACAGCAAAAAUUCUUCAACAGACCAUAGCGAUGUUAUUAGCGAUUUGGAGAAGAGAACAAAGAAUCGUCACGUGCUUUAUGAAAGCUUAAAAGAAGAUCUUAGCACAAAUUUCUCUUCCAGUGACGAGGAAGUAGUUGAAGGUGUUGAUAGCAAUGUUGAAAAUCGCCCUUGGAGACUUGAAGAAAGCUUAGAGGUCCUCCCUGGAAGGAGCAGCUGUAGACUAAAUUUCCUGAAGAGUGCACAGGAAAUUGAAGAGGAGAGGCUGUCGGGAGGAUAUAAUUAUAAUAAGUCAGAAGAUAGAAGAAACAGACAAAAAGAAUCAGACAUAGACAUAUCUCUUCAAACUAAUUUUGCAGAUUACACAAAGAAAAACAAACUACAAAUAUAUUCAAGAAUGACUCAAUAUGGUAGUGAAAAAAUUUCUCAGAGUACAAAACUACACCCGGCAGAUGUUGAUAAAAGAUCUUCUUCACCAAGGAGUGUAAUGUCAGAUUUGGUCAUUUCUGAAUCAGAUUCCAAUGGUGACUGUCAGUCAAAUAAUCAGAACGAAGAGCCGCUAUUACCGACUAAGAACAACACACUGUAUGCAGCAGAAAACAAAAACAAUAGUUCUAACGAAGCUAUUAAAGAUGCAGCGUUUAACUCUAUAGUACAAAGUAACACGGAACUAGCACCUGAAAAUGAUAAUAAUUUAAGUGACAAAAAUCCAGAGUUGCCUUUAAGGGCCACCUCGACUGCAGGAGAAGUAGUUAACGAAUCAAAAUUUAAUGAACGUUCUACAUACACCAGAAGCGGUAAAACUAAUUACAAAAGUACAAAAAUGCAAAAGAAUAAGCCAAGUAAAGCAAACAGUAUUGACAGCGAAGAGAAAGAGGAUCUAGUUCACAGUGACAAUGAGAUAUUGGCUGUUCCUUUAGAAGAUACGGACCCACCAGCAAUGGAACAGACAUCUUUGAGAACAAAGGAGUCUAGUUUGAAGGCUCUCGACAAAACUGACAAAAUUGCAAAUAGUAAAGCAGAACAUCAGUAUGAAAAAAAAUUGGGGAAUAUAAUAACGUCACCUGAAACCACCUCAUCUGUGCAAAAACAAAACACCCGUUCUUCCUUUAGUAAAAACUCUCCGGUUAUUAAACCUGUUAAGGCCAGGACGCAGAAAUCCAAUAGGAGAAAGAAAAUAUCAGAAAAUGAUGAUGGCGUUUCUUCUACCACUGUAGACGCUGGGGAUGUAACAGGACUUAGAAGGUCCGGGCGAGAAAGGAAAGCUGUUCAGAGACAUUUCACUGGCGUAAUUGCAACCCGCAGUGAGAAGAUCUUGCAGUUUAGGAAGUCUACUAAAGCGAGAACUAAGAAGACGGUCAAAGAAGCAAAUAAUGAGGUCACGAAGGAAACAGUACCAAAAAAGAAGGGCCAAAGAAAGAGAAAGGGCUUGAACAAUAAUGAGCCACAAGACGAAAAAGUACAAGAAUCUAAUAGAAGCGUUUCGGAUGCUUUACACGGAGCUGACAACCGAAGUUCCAGCCAGUUAGAGACACAUGCUACAGUUAUUAAUGAAGUUUAUAGCAGAACAGCGAGUUGUUCCAACACAGUGACUCGAAAGUCAAGAAGGCCCCAUUGCGACACCAGCACACAUGAUAUGCCCCAAGAUGUUAUAUCUAAUAAAAGAAGCAAAAUACUACACAGUAAUCGGAAUUUUGAAGCUGCCAACGCGGACAAAUGUGGAGUCUCAUCAAAUAACGGCACCAAUGAUUCUGAAUUCGUAAAUUUUAACGGGAACACCAAUGCUGGUGAAAUGGACUGUAACACAAAUGGUAACAGUGGAAGCAACAGUGUCGAGGACAACUUUAAUGAUGUGCCGUCUCAGUCACAUGUCGCACCGAACGGAGAUUUUGUACCUCAAGACAAUUUACAUGGCGUCGAAGAGUUCACUACUGUUAAUAAAGUGGUAGAAAAGGAUUCUGGCAGGUCCACUAUGUUGAAGAGCACUAGUUUUGAAGAGAGUAACGCAUGGAUUAGUAGACCGUUGACGGGUAGAAUAACUAAGAACUAUAAGAAAAAUAGUAACGUGUGCACGAAAAUAUCAAAAGUGCUUUCCAGAAGUAUGAAUAUUUCUAGAGAACAAGAAAUUGUAAAUGAUAAUCAACUGAUUACGGUGGAUUCAUUUUCGGUGGCAAAUAAUGAUGCCGAUAUUAGAUCGAGGGGAACCUCGAUAUCACAGUUAAGACAAUCGGAUAACCAAUAUAUUAAUUUAUUUACAAAUGGUAAUCUUGUCAGUAUGAAGUUUAUUGAAAACGUGCCAAAGUAUAAAUUAGUGAAAGAUAAUUUAAUGGUCUCAGAUCUGGUGAGGAAUGAGAAAGAUGGAGGAACAAUGGGCUAUUUAAAAGUACCUCCACAUGGCCAAAAGUCACUGCAUAUUGCUCGAAAAUUUGCAUUGUUCUAUUUUGUAAUAGACGGAGAAGGAUUCAUCCAGGUUCACAAUAAGAGUACCAAAGUCUGUAAACUGAGUUUUUUUAUAGUACCUUUAGGUAUUGAAUAUACUAUCAUCAAUACAAGUAAAGAAAAUCCGUUGGUUCUUGGUUUUGUCAAGAUGCCUGUGUCCCUCUGAGGGACACUAAUAUAAUGUAUAUAUUUUUAUUUACAGUUUUUCUAACGAAUAUUGUUACUAUGUGCUAUAGCAUUUUAUUAGUAAUAAUAUAUAUAUAGUUUAACAUUGAUGUUAUUUUCAUUUUUAUGUUGCUAGGGACUAAGUAUA